AUGAAGUGGUUCCACAUCAUCUGCAUCUUGGUCCUUUUGGUCGGCCUGGUCGCCGCCUUCGAGCAGCCCGAAAACACCGACGCCCUCGAGGUCUCCAACACCGCUGUCGGAGCUGUAGGUUGAUUUAGGCUCUUGACGAUUUGACUUGAGCAAAACUAAGAGGGUUUUAGCAGACUCAGGACCUUGCAGUGGCUAUCGUACUUGAUUUUUUGUCCGUAAACACGUUUUAAACUUUUCUGCAGCUCUUUAAUAGUAAGUUAACAAACACUCAGUAAUUUUAAAGCCUUCCGAACCUUAUAGGCGACAAAUCAAUUCGAUUUUGACUCUAGAAAUGUCAGUUAUAUUAACCAUGAUGACUAAUUUUUCUCUUUAAAAAAAAUCAUCAAACCCAAUAUCCUGGCUGAUCUUAAUGGACGCUAGCAAAGAAAAAAUGUCAUAGAAUAGCAACUUUCAAAGGCUUUUUACUAUGAAAUUGUACUAGCUUUCAAUUAUAACGUUAAUUUUAUGUUACCCAUGAGGAUUAGUCGAAAAAUUUUUAAACUUCAGUUCUAAAUUCAAACAGCACUGCAAGACUAUUACUAAUUGACUGUUUACUCUUUUAUCUCUUCAUUUUCAGGCCAACGCCGUCCAUGAGCGUGUAGCCCGCGCCGCCGCCGCCCGCCGUCGCCGUGGUCGCCGCGGGCGUCGUGGACGACGAGGACGCAAGCAACGCCGUGGACGCAAACACCGCAGAGGACGCAAGCACCGCGGUUAA